CGUUUUAAACGCGAUAUUUAUUACAGUCUGUUUGUUGAAGUUGUACAGUUAGUACCUUAAAUUUCUCUGUAAUCAAAUUACUGAAAAACAAAUCAGAAUUAUUGAUUCAAUGGAAACUGAAGGAACACCUUUAGAAGAUUUAAAUUUUUUAAACGGAAAUGAGGAAAAUUCAGAUAUUUUGCAACAAAGUGGAUCAACUCCACAAAGAAGUCUGCGAACAUACAGUAGAUGGUCACCAAUGGAAGAAGGAAUAACACUGGCAUGGCACGAUUUGAGCGUUUACACGCAUACGAAAGAUAAGUCGGACAAAAGUUAUAAACGAAUAAUAACUGAAGUUACAGGAGCCAUAAAAACUGGCAGCCUGGUCGCCCUCAUGGGAGCGAGCGGUGCGGGGAAAAGUACCUUAAUGGCUGCUUUGGCCUACCGAUCUACAGGAGGAAUUGUUGUUGAGGGGGAUAUUUUAAUUAAUGGAAGACCUAUUGGUAAUUAUAUGAGGUAUUUAAGUGGGUUUAUGCAUCAAGAAGAUAUAUUUGUUGGAUCUUUGACAGUUUUAGAACAUAUGACAAUGAUGGCACGUAUGAAACUAGAUCGACGAACGACGGAAAGCGAGCGCAAAUACAAAAUAUUCGAGCUUCUCAAGCAGCUCGGUCUCGCGAAGUGCAUAAACACGAGGAUCGGCAUCAACGGCGACAGCAAAGUUUUAUCUGGCGGGGAAAAGAAGCGUCUCGCUUUCGCUACAGAGUUAUUAACUGACCCCCCUUUACUGUUUUGUGAUGAGCCAACAACCGGACUAGACGCUUACUCAGCUCAAAAGAUCGUCACUAUGAUGAACAUGAUGUCCGCCGGCGGCAAAACUAUCCUAUGCACAAUUCAUCAGCCGUCUUCCGAGAUUUUUGCGAUGUUCAGUCAAGUGAUUCUGCUGGCGAACGGGAAGAUUGCGUUCAUGGGCGCGACGGCAAACGCUGUUGAAUUUUUCAAUCGAUUGGGAUAUAAAUGUCCACAUAAUUAUAACCCCGCUGAUUUUUUUAUUAGAACUUUAGCGGUAACCCCCGGGUUUGAGGAAACUAGUAAACAGACAAUAAAAAGAAUAUGUAAUCAGUUUGCUGUUAGUGACUAUAUUAAGGAAGUUGACGUCGUGGUUCAGUACGAGUUUCAUAUGGGGAGGGCGAGUGAACAUUCCAGUUUUAUAAUUCGAUCGAAUUUUAAAGAAAUUUUUUGUUGGACAAAAUUAUAUUGGUUAACAUACAGGAGUUUUUUGGACGUUUUAAGGAAUCCUACAGUACAAUUACUAAGAAUUCUUCAAAAAAUCGGAAUCGCCGUAAUGGUUGGAAUGUGUUACCUUGGAACUGUGGCCCUGUCGCAGAAUGGCAUUCAGUCAGUGCAGGGGGCAAUUUUUCUUUUUGUCACUGAGAAUACUUUCACACCGAUGUAUUCUGUACUAGCCGCCUUUCCGGAUGACAUUCCUUUGUUCCUUAGGGAGUAUCGAUCUGGGCUUUAUCCUGCUGGCCUGUUUUACAUCUCUAAGAUAAUCGCAAUGUUACCAGGAUUAAUUCUCGAGCCAAUACUAUUCGUAACGAUAGCAUAUUGGUUAUCCGGAUUACGUCCAACAGCCUAUGCAUUCAUGAUGUCCAAUUUAUCGGCAAUUCUAACAAUGAUCGUGGCCACUUCAUGCGGGAUAUUCUUCUCCAACGCAUUUGAAUCGGUGCCAAACGCAAUGGCAUGGCUGGUGCCUUUCGACUACGUUUUAAUGGUAACGUCCGGAUUGUUUAUAAAUUUGAGCACUUUACCCAGCAUCGUAUCCUGGACGAAAUAUUUAUCGUGGUUAAUGUAUUCAACAGAAAUUUUAAGCAUUAUUCAAUGGGAUGGUGUAAAAAAUAUAACUUGUGAAAGUUCAGACCCGGAUAUACCGUGUUUAGCCGAUGGAUCACAAGUAUUGGAAAAGUACAGUUUCUCCAGUGAUAAUUUGGAAAGGAACCUGUGGAAUAUGUUUUUGCUGUGCUUGCUAUUUCACGCGUUGGGAUUUUUAUGCUUAUGGAGAAGAACCAGGAAGAAGUAGAAAAACGUUUACUCAAAUUGUGGGAAAAUCGCAAACAACACGUUUCACCUCGUUUCAUGCCAUCUUAUUCCUUUGCACACAAUGUGGUUGGUUCUAUAGUCAGAAUAUAUUAUAUUUAUUUAUAUAAUCUUUGGUGUGUGUUAAUUAUAUGUAUUUCUGAGUUGUGUUUUCUACUAAUAUUUGAUGAAUAAACAUGGAAAAUUAAA